AUGAUUGAUUCAUCAAACAGCACAAAUUCAAAUGAAACUGGAAUAACUUCGAUAGAAUUUAUUCACGAAUCUGAAGACUACGAGAAUCGCGAAAGAAUGCGAGCAAGUUUACGUAAUAUUCCAGCAGAGAUGGUACCGCCGGUGGAUGUUCCUUUCCCUCCAGAUGUCAAUCCAAAAGACUUGAUACGUCGAGACCAAAAUGGAAUAUUACGAGCACGGGCGACAAACAAAUUCUUAAUAUAUCGAAGUCAAUACGCUAAGGCAUUGAAAGCCAAGGGAUUUUGUAUAUCAAUGCGAACUGUGUCAACUUUGGCGUCAAAAUCAUGGCAAAAAGAACCAAGAAAAGUUCAAAGAAAAUAUGAAGAGUUGGCCAAAGAGGUCGCGAAACUUCGCGAGGAAAUGAGUACUGAUCCGACAAAUUGUGAGAAAAAGAAGAAAAACGACAACACUUUACAUAAUAACAAUAUCAUAAAUACAGAAAAUUCAUUAAAUAUGGCUGGUUUGAAUAAUUUCGGAAAUAAUCACGCAGGCUUUUCUUUUGAUAACUUUCAAUCCCAGCAAUAUUUCAAUCGAUACACGAACUUUCAAUUCCCAGACGGUUAUUUUGCUGACGUUCUAAUUCCUGACGAAACUUUUAUACAGUCGUCUCAAAUAGUUCCUCCUCAACCUAUAGUGCCAUCCUAUAAAGCAAUAGGCGACCAUCUAUUUGAUGUUCUUGAGCAGCAAUGUGAUUUGUUGUACUCCAUGUGA